GAUAACAGAAACAAAAACCUUCAACGAUCGAUAACAUUUCACUCGUGUGCAAUUUCAUGUCCAUCGAGUCAAUUCGUAAAAACGAAGAGGAAAAGAUAAAUUUGGAUGUCGAGAAAGAGUCAUUGUGAAAUUCAUCGACAGCUAUUAUCCAGGGGACAAUCAAGCAGCUAGGCAGUCCGUCAGUCAGUCAGUCAGUCAGUCAGUCAGUCAGUCAGUCAGCGAAAGAAAGAGAUAGAUAAAUAGAUAGAUAAAUGGAGAUAGAGACUAUAAAUCGAUUCGUGAAAGUUCAAGGUCGACAUCCCUUUCAUUCGAUCGAUCCGCCGUACCAUGAUAGAAGUUACGAUAUCGGUUCGCUAUCGAGAAAGCAGUGUGAGUGCUUGAUUAGUCGGAAAUUAUCACGACAAAGAGAGAACGAGAUUUAUUUGAAGAAUCAUCCUGAAGUAAAAGCUUUCAUAAGUAUCUUGCUCAGAUAUCUAUUGAGAAGCUUACCGGAGGAAAACGUUCAGCAGGCUGUCGGUGCGUUUUUUAAUCGACCUCGUUACGAAAUAGUGAUGGAUCUCAAGAAAUAUCUGCGAGAGACGGGUCAGCCUAUACCCUCGACGGAAACUUUUCAAGGGAAAUAUUUCAAGGAAGAGACGACGACGACAACGACGACGACUACUCCGAGGACGACGACUACUACUACCAAUGAUAGUAGUAUAUUCUCGAACUUUGAGGAGGAAUCCAUUCAACAAGACUACAUGCCACAUUUCUAAAGCAACGAGCGUGGCAUGGAAGCAUUCAGGAAGAAGACUGAAACAGGGACGGUCCCCUUCGUUCUUUUCCCGUCGUUUGACUUAUUUUCCGAACAUUUGAACGAUAACA